AAAAAGAAAAGAAACAAAAGUCCUAUAUAAAGUAGACUUGCUAGGAUGGUUGGUUCUUCAUCUUCACCAUUCAAGUUAAGGUAACAUAUCAGAGACUUUCCACAUUCAAAAUGAUGAACAAGGCUAGAGCUCAACAGCAAGGUCAAUCUCCAAAGGUGGUUGAAAACAUAGUUCUAGUUGGCCGGACAGGGAAUGGGAAAAGCGCAACGGCCAACAGCCUCAUUGGAAAAAAAGUGUUCGAUUCAAAGACACAUGCAACUGGUGUUACCACAAAAUGUCAAACACAUGAAUUUGUGACAAAGUAUGGUCACACUAUCAAUGUGAUGGAUACUCCAGGUCUGUAUGACUUGUCGGUCUCCGCUGAUAGUAUAAGCACAGAGAUUGUUAAAUGCCUGACUCUAGCGAAAGGAGGGAUACAUGUUGUGUUCCUAGUUUUAUCUGCAAGGACUAGAGUUACUGAAGAGGAAGAGAACGUACUUCGUACUUUGCAGACUCUAUUUGGGAAUGAAAUCCUUAAAUAUGUUAUCUUCGUUUUCACUGGCGGUGAUGUGCUGGAAGAGUGUAACGAGACAUUGGAUGAUUAUUUGGGUAGAGAUUGCCCUGACUUCUUAAAGAAAGUUAUAUGGAUGUCUGGUAACCGAAAGGUGUUGAUCAAUAACAAGACUCGCGAUGAAGGCAAGAAGGCAGAGCAAGUCGAUAAGCUUCUCUCCCUUGUAGAUGAAAUCCGAAAGAGCAACCGUGGAGAGGCAUAUACCAAUGACAUGUACGAUGCGAUAAAGAAAGAGACCGAUAGACUACAUGAGCAGCAAAAGGAGCUGGAAUCGAAGAACUAUACAAAAGAGAUGGCAGAGACGAUGCAAUAUCAGUUAAUGGAAUCGUAUCAAGGGAAUAUGAACCGAGUAUCAAACACGGUGGAGAAGAAGCUUAAAGAUGCUUUGGAAACGCAGGAGAAAGCGUCAGACAAAUAUGUGAACUGGAAAACUGAUGAUGAAAACAUGUUGCAGCUAACAGUUGCAAUCCCGGUGCCGCCUGUACCUGGAUAUUCAUGCAACAUCCUCUGAACAGUACUGUCUUGUGUGCCUAACAAAAAAAUCAGUAUCAAAAAGUGUUUUUUUGGUUUGCUAUUUUACAAUUUUAAAACUUUCGAUUGUGUCUUUUAUUUCUUUCUAAAAUUCUGCUUUCUGUUUUUAUUAUGUUUUUCCACUUCCUUUUAAAAUGUACUGCCGUCAAAAUUGAGAGAUUUUGUGGUUUAUUUUAUGUGUGGGCUUUCCUAUAAUUAUAUGUUUGUUUGCAUGAGUGUACACAUACGCUUCUUAUUGUUAAUAAA